AAAUCUUCUGGCGGGAAAUUUUUCGUAGCAGAUUACACAGGCUGGCAUAGUGGAUGCCGUUCAUACUCAAGUUUUGCUCAACGGAAAGCCUAUUUUAAAUCACCUUCACAGUUCGAUUUCAUCCAAAGCACGUAGUAUCCUCUGUAUCAGUUGCUGUAGUCUAAAACGUUGAACUUGGGAUUUUGCGCCAAGUCGAAACUGUGGUUAUGGCGGGUCCUGAAUCUACUAAAAAUUCUAUUAGGCAUCAUGUGUACGCUUUGUCCAAAAUGUUUGGUGUUGAUUUGAUGUAUGAUUCAAAUAUGUACGCGUUUGCAGACAGUCUCGAAAAGAGCAUUGGCAGUUCGGCUGACACUCAGUACAACAUUCAUGAUUUAAUUACCAGACUCUGCAACGAUAACCCUCAAUAUGAUGCGUUUUUACGGCGGUAUGAGGAGUUGAAACCUAGAAACAUUAGGGAACUUUCCGCUGUUGUUUAUCUCUUAUCAAAGCUGAAGUCGGAUGACGCUAUACUCAGAAGUUUAGAGUAUCCUCCUUUUUCUACUAAGUCUGUUAAUGGACAAAGCAAAGUCUCUACUAUUCCCGUUGGCGAGAAGAAUAUAACCCAUCUUCAACAUGUGAAUGACGAGUCUUGUACACUAGGAUCAAGUUCAGUGCAACCAGUCAGGAAUGAUAGUUUGAGACCCAUGUUUGGUGCAUCAGAUGAAUUAUCUUUGUUUUCAGUAUGUGGUCUUGGCGCACAUUCCAGUUCAUUUGUUCAGGCUUCCAAGAAUACAUCUAAAAAGUUGGUUUGUAGCAACACAGUCCUACCUCCAACAUUUCCUCUGCAGCCAGAGUGGAUAUACUCACGUGGGACGCUUUGGGAUGACUUUCUGUCGAUUUCACUUAAUUCAGAAUCUUUUCAGCAACUCCCCAUCGAAUCUCUUUCGAAUGCUGUCCAGGAGUACGCUGUUGUUAGUGAUCUACUACAGUGUUUGCAAGGUAACCAAGGAGUUUACAUCAAACCUCUGCCUUUAUCGAAUCGUUACGCAGUCCGAUGUUUUAAAGUGGAUGAAAAAAUGACUCCCGCUUUAUCAGAUACUGUAAAUAAAAUUCUCCCAGUUUGUUCGGACUAUUCAACAGUAUCUAGAUUUAUAGGUGAGAAGUCCACAUUUGAAUAUGGAACGGUCAACCAGGCACUAGCAGGUGCAAUGCGCGGUUUACUUAAGGAUUAUCUUAUUCUGUUAUGUCAACUUGAAUACCAGUAUAAAAUUGGCCAAUUGGGAAUAGUUAAACUCCACUUUUUUUUGCAAGAAACAGCUACCGCUUUUAAUCAGUUGACUCGCCUUGUUAAUAAUAUAAACACAGGACAAUGUUCUGGUGGUGCAGUGUUAUCAGUAUUGUAUGAUUCUUUAAGGUCUGUAUAUGGUGUUAAACAAUUACAUGAUUUAAUGCUUUAUCUCCUGUGUUCUGCUACUGUACCUUUUUUUAAAAUUCUUCAAAAAUGGAUAUAUCGGGGUGUAAUUUCUGACCCAUAUAAAGAGUUUUUCAUUUCAGCUGGAUCUAUGCCGAAUUUCUAUGAUCCUGAUAAAGCAUCUCCAAGUAAUCAUUCAGCUUCAUUCCAGUUCGACCGUUUCACACAGAAUUAUGUGGACUGGGCAUUCUUUUGGGAGUGUCAUUAUUCUCUUGUACCAAUAAAUUUACCUAGUUUUCUUGAACCUAGUGCUUCGAAAAUUCUUAGUACGGGCAAGUAUUUGAAUGUUGUACAGCAAUGCGCCGAUCGUUAUGAACUUCCUACGUGUGAAGAACUUGUUUAUAAUAAAGAGCAUUCAGUGUUUCUUGAUAAAAUUGACCAAGCUCAUUUGUACGCAAGCAGUUUAUUAUUGAAAUUGAUGCUGCAACAAAAGGAUUUAAAAGAACACCUAAAAUCUGUCAAGCGUUUCUUUCUGUUGGAUCAAGGUGAUUUUAUUGUUCAUUUUAUGGAUGCCGCUGCAGCAGAAUUACGUAAAAAUAGCGAAAUUAUUUCUCAACUACGUUUAAAUUCUUUAUUGGAAUUGGCACUUCGUACUAGCACUGCUAAUAGUGAUCCAUUCAAAGAUAGUUUAUCCGUUGUGAUAUUUCAAUUUGAUUUAAUCUCUCAAAUUUUAAUGGUUUUACGGGCUGGAUCAGAAGACGAACCGGACAACGUCAUACCGAUCGAGGAUAAAAAUCUUUCAGGACUAGAGGCUUUCUGUUUGGAUUAUAGAGUUGGUUGGCCUAUUGAUUUAGUACUCAAUCGUCAAGUAAUGGAUCGCUAUCAAAUGCUUUUCCGUCAUCUUUUAUACUGUAAACACGUUGAGAGAUUACUAUGCAACUCAUGGAUUCUAGGCAAACUUGCUCGUAAAUGUGAUAACCUUAUGACUACCUGGUUUACAACCGCUUUCCUACUGGCCCAACGAAUGCUUAUUUUCAUUCAACAUUUCCAAUAUUACAUGUCUGUUGAGAUCAUUGAACCAGCUUGGCACAAUUUUUUCAAACGCGUUGACAAAGUAUCUAAUUUGGACUUACUUUUAGACUCACAUCUGCAUUUUUUAGAAGUAUGUAUGGAUGAUUGUUUACUAGCUAGUCCUGACCUAUUAAGUUUAGUUGGGAAAUUAUCUGUAGCUUGUGUAACGUUUGCUAAUUUUAUCCAACACUUGGCGUUCUCUAUAACGGGAGUCAAUUUAUCAUCAUCUGGAGAUAAUGAUCAAUGUAUUGUUUAUUUAUCGCGGCACAGUAACGAUAUGGAAAGGCCUUUCCUACACGAUCCCACACCGUCAUCAAAUUUAGGUCGAACAAAGAAUGAUUUAAAAUAUGCACCUCGUGAAUCUACAACUAGUUCAGUAGAAUCUAUGAUGACAAAAGUCACUAGAGAAGAGUUUGGUAGAAUGAGUUUGUCAGAUGAUAUGGCUAAAACAGUUACGAACUUUGAUACAAAUUUCAAUAGAAUGUUAGUUGAACUGCUUGAAAAGAUCAAACAAUAUGCCAAGCAUCACAGCAAACUAUUAAGUCUAGUAUCAAGACUCGAUUUCAAUGAAUUUUACACUGAAUUUGCAAUGCAAUAUGAUCAGAGCGAGCGAUCUCCCGAAUCACCUGGUGAUCAUGAUAAAGAUACCCUUGUCGAACACAAAUCAGUACCACAAACAAACUCGGGAUCCGAUAAUGAGGAUUAUAUAUAAUACAGAAUUUGUAUUUUCAGUUUAUUUGGAUAAAUUAUUUUCUAUGUAUUCCACUAUUAACGGUUCUUGAUAUUAAACUUUCGUAUUUUUAGUGUUAUUAAUUUUAAUUCUAAAUUCACCAUAUCAUUUUUGUUUACUGAUCACAUUUACGUAAGCAUUAUGCCUUAUAUAUUUUUUCUUAGUAAGAUACAUUAUCACCGAUAAUCCAGGUAGUGCUAAAUAACAUUCGCUAGACAUGUACAUUUUAAACCCAUCCAUCACUGAAAAUAUUAGUGAAGUAGACAAACUAAGUGGGGCAACUAGGUCUAUUUGUUAGUGAGAUAUUCCCAUUCUGAUCAACAUCUACGGUAAAUAUCGAACUGUUUUCUGAUGGG